AUUCUUACCAUAUUUCUCUUUCAUUCAUCGACAUAGCAUGAUCGCGGCUACGAGGCUGCCGGCCACCGCUCGGGUGGCCGCUCUGCGCUCUCAGGUGUUGGCGCUCAGGGCGACAGGUGGAAACUCUGCCGCUUUACAACGGUCUCUGAUUCAGUCCCCCUUGUAUGCGACUUCCCGCUCAAUAGACUGCGCCAAAUCCCCUGUUUCUCGCCUUCUUUCACCCUACGCCUCCCUUCACCUGACUCGAUCUUUUCAUGUCGGCACACCUCGGCUGCAGCAGAAGCAGGAGCAAACUGAAAAGAAGUCUGAAGAGACAAAGCAGGAGAAGAAUGAAGAAAGCAAGGAUGAGGACAAGUCGGAGCAGAAGAAGGAAGAUAAAGAGGAUGCGCCUCCCCCUCCUCCCCAUGGAGAUAAGUCCCCGUGGCAAGUCUUCCGGGACACUCUUCAGCAAGAGUUCAAGGCAUCCAAAGAAUGGAACGAGUCAACAAAGGCCCUUGCAUCUUCAGCGCAUCAGUUUGCCGAGAAUGAGAACGUUAAGCGUGCCCGUGCUGCCUAUGAGGCUGCCCAGGGUGCGGCGUCUUCACGAACUGCGAGUGCACUCAAAGGAACAGGACGCGUUAUCGGAAAGAGUGCCUCAUGGACGUGGAAUACCCCUGUUGUUAAGGGGCUCCGAAAAGGUGUUAAUGCGACUACAUCUGGGAUAGAGAAGGCAACACGCCCUGUGCGAGAGACUGAGGUUUAUAAGACCGCUGUUGGAGGCGUGAAGCAAGCCAUCGACGACGGCAGCAGUUCUCGCUACGGUGGCUGGACCGAGAAGGAAGAACGUCGACGAAUGAGACAAUUGCGUGAGCAGGAGGAGCUUAAGUCCGGCCGCCGGAAGGCUGAGCCUAUGGUUGAAGAUCCAAACGCGGGAACGAACAUCACACUUCAUAAAGACUCGGCUUGGAAGGAGUCGUGGCGUGAAUUCAAAGACUCAAAUCCUAUGAUGCAGAAGCUGUUCUCUUUGAAGGAAACAUACAAUGAGUCAGAGAACCCCCUGAUUAGCACGGCACGCAGUAUUUCGGACCGGAUUGCAGGCUUCUUCGCCGAGAACGAAACUGCGCAGGUAGUCAAGAAGUUCCGAGAAAUGGACCCGAACUUCCAGAUGGAAGCGUUCCUGCGGGAGAUGCGUGAAUACAUCCUUCCCGAGGUGCUGGAUGCUUACGUUAAGGGAGAUAUCGAAACACUCAAGCUUUGGCUCUCAGACGCUCAGUUCCACGUUUAUGAAGCUCUCACAAAACAGAUCACCACAGCAGGUCUGAAGUCGGAUGGUCGUAUCCUUGAUAUCCGCGGAGUUGAUGUCAUGAGCGCCCGUAUGCUGGACCCCGGUGAUAUCCCCGUUUUCGUGGUUAUGUGUCGCACGCAAGAAGUCCAUGUUUACAGAAACGUCAAAACAAAUGAGCUCGCCGCUGGGAUGGAGGACAAGGUUCAGUUGGUUAACUAUGUCAUGGGUCUCACCCGAAUCCCUGAAGAUGUGAACAACCCCGAGACCAAGGGCUGGAGAUUGAUCGAGCUCCAGAAGGCUGCUCGGGAUUACAUCUAAACGAACAGCGUUGAUUACUUCUAUCGCGAACAUUAUUGCCGCUUCCUCCGAACUUUGAUGACAUACUACCACAGCCUUUUUUUCCGGACUCCCUCCCAUUACUCCACUUCUCGAAUGUCUGAUAUAUCCGACUGUACUAUAUUACCUAUUCGAAUAGAGGCCAGUUGGACUGGCGCUUCAUGUUAUGUUUUAGUAACCGUUCGGUAUGGGUAUCUUUCCAUGAUUCUUGAUUAUAUGCCAGUUGUGGAAGACGUGUAUUUCUAUUUAUUUUAAUAUGUUGGCAGUUCAAACGAGAUACUUGUAUCUAUUUGACGAUGUGCCGAAACGUGUUGAACUCAUAUUUCAUCUGCUUUGGCUUGUGGCGCAUGGUGUUUUUUUUUUUGGCCAACUUCAUCCAUCCUCCACUCCUCUAUCACUUUUGCAUAAGGCCCCUUGGUCCAGCAUGUCAAUUUUCUGCAUUUCUUACACAAAUAUAAGUUACAAGAUAUAUCAAUGAAGUGGAAUUGAGAGUU